AAACGGUGGUGUGUGAGGUCAUAAAACGGUGCAUUUGAAGUGUGACACCCAUUUCAACAUGAAACUGGCCGCCAUUGACGUCAUGCAGCCAUCUUUGUCCAUCUAAUCUCGCACGGCUUCAUUCGUGCCUCCUCUCUCCCGGACUCCGGUCGCUCCGCCGCUGCCGCAUCACCCCGGACGUACAGACGCAGGACAGCCGGGUUUUCAAGCCACCCACGGGGAGAAACGUUGAAGAGGCACGGCUCCAAGGAGGGACUAUAAAGGCAGGGAACCGUCAGCAGGGCGCCACAGGGUCGAGAGGAGAAGCCGCUCCAUCUGCCAGCCACUUAGGACUCGCGACACUUCCAGCCCGGAUCUCAGCGCCGCUGCCUCGCCAGAACCAACCUAAAGAUGUCUGCCCCAGCUGGAGCCCCUGCACCAGAGGGAGGGAAUCAGCCCCCUCCCAACCUCACCAGCAACCGUCGCCUGCAGCAGACACAGGCACAGGUGGAUGAGGUGGUGGACAUUAUGCGCGUAAAUGUGGACAAAGUUCUGGAGCGUGAUCAGAAGCUGUCAGAACUGGACGACAGGGCUGAUGCCCUGCAGGCUGGUGCCUCCCAGUUUGAGACCAGUGCUGCAAAACUGAAGAAUAAAUACUGGUGGAAGAAUGCCAAGAUGAUGAUUAUCCUCGGUGUGAUUUGCCUGAUUGUGCUCAUCGUCAUUAUUGUCUACUUCAGCACCUAAGAAGAAAUGAUCCUACCCCGGUCCGAUCCCAACGUCCUCGCUACAGAAAAACGAAACCCUUAAAUUGAUGACGAAUUGAAUCGCAGAUCAUUCUGUAUGUCCCAGGUUAGCCUCGAUAUAACCCCCCCUAAACCCUUCAAGGGCCCCACGGCUCCCUCUCAGUCUUGCCUCCGGACCCCCUUGUCAAUAUUUGUCCUGUGAGUGUGUGGUCUCCUUCCCGGGUACUCUCGGCUUUUCUAACCUGCCAGAACCAAACUCUUGUGACGACGAGCAGCAAAAGGAAACAACUGUCGGCGAUAUAUGUGACACAACUGGUAUAUAAAUAUAUAUAGUUACUUGUAGAGUUUUAUUCUGAUAUAUACUGUUUUGUAGGUGUGCGUGUAAGCGUGUGUGCAUUUUGUAUUUUUUUGUAUUGAUUUGAUGUAUGCUUCAGCGUUGACUACUGCCUAUUAAUCAGUGUGCGUGUGUGUGUGUGUUGCAUGUUUUCACCAUCGGUCCGUCUCCUGGUUACUCAUGUAGUGUAACUUUGGAUUCUGUUGUGUUACCAAUGCACACCAGAAUUUUAAAAUAGAGCUCCAACUAAUCUGCACUCAUCCACUUCCUGUACACAUAUCUUCCUGAUAUUGUCAACACACUAACGUCUCGAGUGAAACAAAAUAAGGCAUGGACGAGCAGAAGUCAUUUCAAACCUGACGUUUGUUUUCUGUCCGUAGUGUCUCCUGCCCUUCCCUUCAUCACUCUAAAGUCAGCAUGCUUGAACACUUCGAUUUCUUGAUAUAUUUUUUGAAAACUGCCAUAGUAUCUUUGGACCAAUGUCUGUAGGUGUUUCUUCUUUUAUUUCAAUAUUACGUAGUGUCUUAUUUCGAGAACAUUCCUUCAUUGCAGUCAGAUGCAGGCUCUUACUCUAGCACGUUAUCCCAUGCGAUGGUGGACUCUUUUAUCAUGUAAGCACUUCCUCUAUAUUGUAGGUGUUUAUUUCAGGUAGCGGAUGGUUUAUUAUCUCUCAUUCAAUUGAUGACCAUCUUGAUGCGGCACUUGACUGUGGAGAUGGACUUGGAAGAAGAUGUUUCACCUCAACCCCUUGGUGGGUGUUCUGAAACACGCCUCAGUCUGUCCUCACUGUCAUGUUGCUGUUGGAUAAAAGGAGGAAUCUGUUUAAAAUGCACAAAACCGCCUUGUUUUUGAUGGCGCCGUCGAACCACUCUAGAGUAUGGCCAAACCUUUCCACACCAAGAGCACACAUGCUGAAAUAGAAAUGAAGAAAUUCAGCCUUACUCGCAAAGUCUGUCACAUCGAUGUCCAGAAUAGCAGUUAAAUGUUGGGGACAUGAAUCGUUCAAAUCCUUGGUAGCGCUCUUAUUGAGAGUGUUUGGCUUGUGCGCGAGUGAGUUCCUCCCUCUAGUUAAGGCCUUUUUUCUUUUUUUAAUAUGAUAAAUUCUAUUUUUAUUAUAGUAUAUUUUUGUGUGAAACAGAUGGGUGACAAGGGACGCUCCUCCUUUGCUCUGUCUGCUGUGUUUUUUGUAAAUCAGCUCUGUGCGUUACACACUGCCAAGUAAAACAACCCCUUUGGCUUCUUCAUAAGCAUCGGGGUAAAUGCGCUCUGUCAGAGUUAAGGCCUUGCACACGUGAAAUUGAAGUUGCAUGGACUGGAAAUCUUUCCAAGAAACCAUCAAAGUCCGGUUUUAGCUGCUCCUGAAAGUUUAAAACAGCUGGAAUAUUUGUGCAUGGUUUGCCUCUUAAAAACGCUGCUUGAGCUUAUGAGUAGACCAAUGGGAUCCAGUUUUAUCAUUCAGAGUUGUGCUUGUGUGUGUGUGUGUGUGUGCUAGAAUCUUACAUGGGAAUAUUCUUCGCCGUCAUUCUGACAGACUAGGCUGCUUAAAUCUCAAGAGUGAGGACCCAUUGCUUCCUCGAAGUACAUAAGCAGAGAGAUCAGUCCACUGGUUCUGCUCCACGUGACCCUGACCCGACCCGUCCUUGCUUUUCCGACAGAAGUGAUAUGACCAAAGAGCAGAUUUUAAGGCCUACGCUGCCGAUUGCCAUCAAAAACAAGCAAAUCAGAACAGGUUCUACGCAUCUAGCUGAUCUGAAUUCGUUCCAAUGCCUCCCCCGAUAUAUAUCGGCCUGUAAAUGACCUUUAAUCAUAGCUAUAUGGUGUGUUCUCUAGAGUCGUGAGUGUGCCAUUCUUACUUAUGCAAAUGACACCAAAACUGCAUGCUGCGAAUCUCAAAGUUCCCCCCGAGUUGAAAGCAUCUGCAUUAAUAAUAGCACAAUUUAAUUUUACUGUGUCUCCAUAGUGCUGCCAAGUUAGAAACAAGAAAACACGCUGUUAACUAUAGCUGUUAACCCAGAAAAUGUUAUCUUAAAAAAAACCUACAUUGUUAGAUGUUGUGUUGUUGGGGUGUUUUGGAGGGUAGGGGGUCCUAUAUCCUCAGGUUUUCGGUAUUAGCAAAUUACUCACAUAUUUAUCCUGAAUAAUAACUAAAAUCGGCCAAUAGAAAGUCACAAUGGGGUCACAGAGGUGAUCCUGAUAAGCCAUCCUGCCCACCGCUGAGUGGACUGAGGGGAUGGCACUCUCGAUUGGGGUAGGACGUCUGUGAUAAACUCCAACUGUUGUCCUGUGAGCGCUCAACCAAUCCGGUCACGGCAGUGAAAACAAAACGAGCACUCUUUACUUUCUGUUGCUUUGUUGUCUGUAUGAAAAGAAGCGCGGCUCUGUUUGAACACCGUGGCACUUUUUCCUGUUAUGAUGAGUCCGUUUUAAUGGAAUGGGACCUGAUCCGCUGGUAGAUAUUGUCUUGCUGUCAACCUGUGUUGUCGUUCAGACGCCUCAACUUGAAGCUGCUUGCGAGCCAUUUAGGAGCCAUCGGGAAAGUAAAAAGCUCUUCAAGCGAAUUUUAUUGUUUGAAUUUUGCUAUUGAAAGGUGAAGUCUGCUCCCAAAUGGCAUGGAUGCAGUAACAGGAGGGAACCUGUGAGACUCUGAACUGUCCAAGGCUGAUGAUAAAACACAAUAUUUUACUCAACAUGUUUUAUUUUUCGUAAACAAAUGUUGUGUUUUUAUUUUAAUUUGCAUCAAUUUAGUAAUAACUCCAGAUGUCACUAACUUGUUGCUAUGUAAAGAACUGACGUGAAAGGAGAAGUGGUUAUAGACUGAUGGAAAAAGUAUUCCAACUUUCAGUUGUCCAGAAUGCUUAGAUUGUUUUUACAGUUUACAUAAAAGUUGAACUGGCAAAGAUUUUUUUUUUUUUGGCCUUGGGUGUCUGUAAUGGAGGCUUAUACUGCCUCUGCUCAUCUGGCCGUUUAGGAGGGACCUGGCUGGAUGAUCACGGAUAGUAUCCUUCAUUUUAUAUUUCUUUAUUUUGCCUGUUUUUGCUUUGACUUAUUUAUUGAUAGCUUUUCCUUUUGUGCUAUCAUUUGUUGUUGGACCAGAUGAAGCAAGCGUGAUUCAAUGCGAUGGAGAAGAAACUGAAUGGAAAAUCUAAAGUACAUAAAAUAAUUGUAGUGUAAAUCUAUCAAUGUCUUAUUAUAUUGAUGAACAUCAUGAAAUAUAUGUAUAUUGGAAAACCAGUA